AUGGGGGCGGUCGGAUCCAUGGCGCUCUACGGAGCGUCAGUGUGGGCGGGCGGCCUGAGGGCGCAAAGUCAGAAGCUUCUGCUGAGUUUACAGCGGAAGCUAGCCAUCAGGCUCGUCCGCGGAUACCGGACGCUCCCAUUGGAGGCGGCUUUGGCGGUGUCAGGGUCCAUUCCCUGGGACCUGCUGGCGGGGGCGUACAAACAAAUGUACGAUCGAAAGGAUGACCUCCGCCGGCGGGGUCGCAUCAUGACACCGAAGGCGAUGGAGGCGGCCCGCCGUCUGACUAAACACCAGGCGGUGGAGAAAUGGUCGGAGGCUCUCCUCCGACCAAGAGCCGGACUGCGGGCCGUCCAGGCCAUCCAGCCAGUACUUCAGGAGUGGCUGUCGAGAAAGCCCGGACUCUCAUAUAGAGUCGUGCAGGUGCUCACCGGGCACGGGUGCUUCGGAGAGUACCUGCACGACAAGGUGCGGAGGGAGCCAUCGCGGAGAUGCCACCACUGUACGGAGGUCAGGGACACGGCGCAACACACGGUCGAACAUUGCUCAGCUUGGGCAGACCAGCGCCGUGCCCUGACCAACGUCAUCGGGGGGGACCUUGGGCUUCCCAGUAUGGUCAAGGCCAUGCUGGAAAGCCCACUUAAAUGGGAGGCGGUCGCCUCCUUCUGUGAGGACGUCCUCACGCGGAAGAAGGCGGCCGAAAGAGAGAGAGAGGCCGACCCUGAUGCGCCCCCAAUGCGGCGCAAGAGGCCUACGAGGGAGAAGGUUUGCCGCCCAGGCGGCGAGAGAUUGAGAAGAUCGAGGAGGGGGCGGGAUAGGGGAGAGGAAACUUGCUCUCUCUCCCCGAUCCCGCUCGAUAGAGGUGAGAAGGAGGACUCCUUCGGGGACCAAGGCCGAAUCCCAACCCAUUCUGGGGAAGGAGAGAGCCCGGUCCCCGAAGGAGAAACACCAACGGGAGAGGCGGAACGGAGGGGACGCUUGAGCCCACCCUAA